AUGAACGCACGGAAGCCACGAACCAAGUCGAAGAACUUCUCAAGUGAAGAGACGUCACGGCUCCUUGACCUCGUCGAGGAGCUCAAGCCUUUUGGGGGCAACAUGUGGGAGCGCGUGGCGUUUGAGUACAAUCGCACGGCCCCUUCCGCUUGGCCGGAGCGCGAUGGAGUCAGCCUGAAGCGAAGAUUCCAAGGCUUGAACAACAAGACGAAGCCUACCGGGACGUCCUAUUGCCCACCGGACGUCGACCGUGCGAAACGAAUCUACUUGGCAAUCGAGUCCAAGGUUGGCGCGAUUGAGCUGCACGACCAGGAAGAAUAUGGCGAUGCAGCAAGCGACCCUUCAGAGGGUGGUCAAGACGACAUGGACGAAGUCGACGACGUCUGCGUUGAAGACCUCGUUGUUACUCCUCGUCUUGGAAAGGAUGCAGCCGACUUUGUUACAGCAAUCAAGGUGGAGAAGAACAAGCCUACGCUGUCUAUGGCUGCGCAGCGUCGGUCGUCGUUAGACAACUCAAUCGCAAAGCUCGCAGCUGCGACCGACGUCGCACAGGCCGCAGAUCCAUUUUUAUCAAUUUGGAUAAAAAUGGAAGGUGAUGCUCGUGCUCGGGAUUUCGAGUGGAAGAAGGAGCAGGCCGAACUGCGCCGCCAAGAAUUUUUGGAGCGCGAAGAAUCGAAGAAGGAGCAGGCCGAGCAACGUCGUCGUGAUGACGAAACACGACGUCACGAGCUGAAGGACCGUGAGGAGCGCGAACGCGAAGCUCACAAGCGUGAACAGCAACACGAACUUGUCAUGAUGUCGUUCAUGGCAAAAUUGUUAGGGAAAUCAAACUAA